AUGAUCUAUAAUUUUAGUGCUUACGAAUACAUAAUACCAUCCAUGGGAAAAGAAUUAGUAAAAACAGACAUUCAAGUGGCUAUACCCGAAGGAUGUUACGGUAGAGUUGCUCCUAGAUCUGGUUUAGCCAGCAAACAUUUUAUUGACGUUGGAGCUGGAGUGAUUGACCAAGAUUACAGAGGAAAUCUUGGAGUUAUUCUUUUUAAUUUUGGACCUACAGAAUUUAAAGUAUGCAAAGGUGAUCGAAUUGCACAGCUGAUUUGUGAACGUAUAUGUUAUGCAGAUAUUGAAGAAGUUGAGGUAAAAUAAUAGUAAUUUUAAAAUAUAAAAUAUCUAAAUCAUAAUAUAAUAAUUAA